GUGUGAAAGGAAAGAGAAUAAAUAACGCUACAUCAAGUCAAACUUACGGCCAAAGUUUUUAAUCAGUUCAGAGACAUGAAGAAGAGAUUUAACAUCAACCUCGAUGAUUCAGCUUUCACUAAAGAAAGAACACCGCCAAAGCCCCAGUUUCAGCCUUCAUCGACCACAGCUGCAUCCUCAUCAAAGCCUGCUCCUGAGUCAGUGGACCAGCCCCUGUCCUAUGCACAAUACAUCGUCCAGAGUAAAAACCGUGUACCCGCUGCUCCUCAGAGAGACGGUUCCUCUAAACUUCUCAGGACUGAAGGUGAAGGAGGUACCAGUCUGAAGCAAAGCGAGUCUGCCACAGGAAGAGGAAUAGGGACUGAGAGUGGAUCUGAUGGCGCGGAGAAGAGUGAGGAGACACAGGUUACUGGUACAGACCACACAGAGGGGACCUGUCAAAGCCUCAGCCUGGGUCCCAAACCAGUAGGGUCUGGGAACUGCAUUAUUGUCAGCCCUCGACAGAGAGGAAAUCCCAUUCUGAAGUUUGUGAGGAGUGUCCCUUGGGAGUUUGGAGAUGUUGCACCAGACUACAUCUUGGGCCAGACAACUUGUGCGCUCUUCCUCAGUCUGAGGUAUCACAAUCUCAAUCCAAACUAUAUUCAUGACCGUCUGAAGCAACUUGGACAGACUUUCACCCUCCGAGUGUUACUGGUUCAAGUAGAUGUGAAAGAUCCUCAUCAUGCAUUGAAGGAGUUGGCUUGCAUCUGCAUAAUGGCUGACUGCACUCUCAUUUUGGCUUGGAGUUCAGAGGAGGCAGGACGUUACCUGGAAACAUACAAGUCCUAUGAGAAGAAACCAGCAGACCUUCUGAAGGAGCAAGUUGAAAGAGAUUACCUGUCAAAGGUUACAGACUGCCUGACAACUGUGAAGUCUAUAAACAAGACAGAUGCUAUUACGUUGCUGUCCACUUUCUCGUCUGUAGAAGGAAUCAUAAGUGCCUCUAAAGAAGACCUGGUUCUCUGUCCAGGCCUUGGACCACAGAAAGCGAAACGACUGCACGAUGUGCUCCACAAGCCCUUCUACAAGUCAAAGACUAAAGACAACUGAAACAACUGCUGUGUGACUUGUUACUGAGAAGAAGUUGGUUGUUGCAUUGAUCAGCAUGCAAGCACAAAAAAGAGACAAUUAAAUGCUUAAAAGUCUUUCACAUAUUCAUGUUACUUUCUUUGUGGCAAAGAAAGAAAUAUGUGUGCUGUUACUCAGACUGAGAAUAAGCGAGAGAAUUUAAGACUUUGAAAUCUUCAGCUGUAAGAGUUGCACA